CACCAGGUGACGCUAGGCGCUUUCUUCUUACCGUCAUUCUCAGCCUAGUUUUUCUUUUUAUGUUCGUUUAGUGAGUAGUAUAGUUGGCUGUUAAAUUUAUUCUUGUAAUGGCUGCCACGCUAAAAGUGUAGUCUAUUGGUUAUGUCAUGUUAAAACAGUCCGUACACAAGUGUGAUAGACGAAAAAAUCAACAAGUGUUCUGAACAAUGAUUGCUUGAAAGGUGUUUUACACUUACCUCCCUGGAACGUUUCUUCUUUCAUGUUUCCUUUUUUAGGCAUUUUAGUUAUGGACUCCGAGUUUGUGUACUCUAAAUAACUAAAACAUAAUCUAUGCUUCGUCAAAAGUGUUUAUUUGGACCAUAUUGAGUGAAAAGUGUACCGUCCAGAAACGAAAUUAUGGAUCCGAGAUCGUCAUCUGCCCUGUUCAAAAGGGCCGAACAGUUGAAAAGAUGGGAGGAAUCUGACACCAACAAGCAGUCGGCAAUCCCAAAACGCGCCUCAAGAAUACAAUUCUCCUCUGGUAUCGUGUUUUUAGCAGCGUGCACGGCUGGUGAUAAGGAUGAAGUGCAGCGGUUAUUGAAAUUGGGCGCUGACAUAAACACCGCCAAUGUUGACGGCCUCACAGCACUUCAUCAGGCUUGCAUCGAUGACAACUUUGAUAUGGUGCAGUUCUUGGUAGAAAACGGCGCAGAUGUGAAUCGCGGUGAUAAUGAAGGCUGGACCCCAUUGCACGCUACUGCCUCCUGCGGCUUUCUAAGCAUUGCUAGAUAUCUCCUGGAAAACGGCGCGGAUGUAGCAGCUGUGAACUAUGACGGUGAGCUGGCUGUCGACAUCGUGGAUAGCGAUGAAAUGGAAGAACUUCUACAAAAGGCGAUCGAUGAGAAAGGCAUAGACUGUGAAAAGUCUCGCAGUGCUGAAGUAACGACCCUCAGGAAUGAUGCAAAGAACUGGGCAGCGAAUGGAUAUGUUGAAGUUCGGGAUCCCAAGACGGGCGGCACACCGCUGCACGUGGCGGCCGCUAAGGGUUAUGUUGAUGUGGCAAAAACACUGCUAGAAGAUUGUAAUGCUGAACCGGAUUCAGUCGAUUACGAAGGCUGGACACCGUUACAUGCAGCCGCGUUGUGGGGACAGAAAGAAGCCGCCGCGAUACUGUUGAAGUUUGGCGCUGAUCCUAAUGUGAAGAACUAUUCGGGCCAAACUUGCAUGGACCUCGUCGAUCCCGGUAUAUCGGCGUGGCUCGCGGAAGCCUCGGUCAAGGCAGCCACGCGUCGCAACAACAACAACAAUAACAACAACAACAAACGCAAACGAAGUCCGCCCAAGCACGACGUCAAGCGGGUCGAGCUGCAGAUCACCGGCCAGCCGGACACCAUCGUCAACGAGAAGCCGCCGGCGCCGGAGAUAAUAACAAAGGUGUCGGAGGGCAAACCGCCGAAGGUGCGCGCGCCGUCGCCGGAGAGCGCGGCGGGCGACGCGGCCGCGGACGACGACGCGCCGUCCUGGCGCCGCUCCGCCUCCUUCCGCAACCGCCUGCAGGACAAAGCGCGUGAAAAUAAGCCGACGAACAAUAACGUGGAUAACGAUACAAUACUGCGAAGAACGCACAGCUUCGAAAAUGAUAAGACUUUCUACCAGCGGUACCGGGACGUGACGGCGCGUAUAAAGGCCUCGUCGUGCCCGUCGAUACCGCCGCUGCCUCAGACCACGCUCGCGGCGCUCGAACUGAGGAAAAAGGGCCAGGAGACUAACAAUACGGCUGAGACUAACGACGACGUUCACACAAGGGUAACUGCGAAUGAAAGAAGGGAAAGGGAAGCAAACACAUGGAGUGCGCCGGCAAGUACGAGCUCAAAUGCGACUACUACCACUACAACCACGACCCAGACCACUGUUAGAAGCGGUUCGGAAAGCGUAGAGUCGAACAGUAGCAAUUCAACACCAAGCUCGGCGACGCCCACCAAACUGUCGCCUGGGAACAUUUUCAGGAAUUUCUUCAAGUCGUUCGUGCCGCCCGUACGCGACGAAGAGAGCGAAACGCAAAGGAAAGCGCACGCAAAACGCGUGCGUGAGACCAGGAGGUCGACCCAGGGCGUCACACUCGAUGAGAUCAAAUCCGCCGAACAGCUGGUCAAGAAGAAAACGAAUAAUGGAACGACGGAAACAUCAUCCGCCAGCCUGAAGAAAACCGACGAUAGCCCAGUAGAAAAUAGCACAGCGCGCGCGUUAUCGUCCGGCGGCGGUGAGGCGGCGGUCUCGCUGGCGCUGGCGUGCGUGACCGCGACCGCAACCGCGACGAUCGCCGCGAACAGUGAGCGCCGCCCCUCGUGGCGGCUGCGGCUCGAUCCCGCUAACAAGUUUGAGUUGGAGGAUGCGGCUACAAGCCCGCGGACGGAGACGGAGGCGACAGUGACGUUGCCGAUCCGACGCCCGCCGACCGGCGCCAACCAGAUCGCAACCAACAACUCGGGUACAACCACGCCUACCAAGGAGAACCGUACCAGUAACUCAGUGGUAGCGUCCACCGAGGAGGAGAAGGACCGCGAGAGCAGCGCUGAGAACAAGUCGCCGAGCAACUCGUCGCCGAGCACGCAGGCGGCGCUCAACGUGAUACAGCGCCGCCGCCGGCCCAAGCGCCGCUCCACGGGCGUCGGCCAUGUGGACAUGGACGACAUCGUUAACGACCGCGGAGGAGGCGGCGAAGGCGAUGUCGACGCAGACGUACAAUCGGGCACGGAGCGGACGGACGAAGGCGAGGAGAAGGACUACAAGGCUCUGUACGAAGCAUCGCAGAGCGAGGUCCUCAAGCUGCGCGCGCUGCUGUCCACCUCCGAGCUGCAGCUGCACGAAGCUCGCACCACCAUCACUAGACUCACACAAGUGAAUCAAAAUUCACUAUCUGAGAUAGAGAAACGCGAGAAGCGAGCCAUGGAAAGAAAACUGUCCGAAAUGGAAGAGGAAUUGAAGCAAUUGCAAAAGUUAAAAGCCGAGAACGAAAGGCUGAGGGCCGAGAACCGUGCGCUAACGCGGGUCGUCAGCAAAUUGACCAACUCCGCCGCCAAAUAGUACCACCAAGCGCUUCAAGCGGAGAACCAACGGCUGAAAGACGAGAACGGAGCACUCAUCCGUGUUAUCAGUAAAUUGUCCAAGUGAGAGAUACAAGGGUUUCCUAUUAUAUGUUCCCUUUCGGCCUAACGAAUCGAGGUCAGCGAUGGGACUACAUUGUUAUUUUAUAGAAGGACAUGUAAUAUAAUACAUUUUUUUUUAUUUAAUGUGUGCUUUGUGACGUGGAUUAUUAGCCAAAUAUUUUUUUUUUUUACAAAAUAUACUGUUGCGAUUUUUUAUACGCUAACCAACGAGGCAAGAAAAUAAAAAAAUAAUUCUUUGCGUGAAAAUUAUAUUCCCCUCAUUGCCUGGCUGAGGUUCUAGUCAAAUUAACAAUAGUGUAGUUAUAUACAUAUAGAAUGCCUAAACCACGACUUUGUGUUACGUUAUUGUGUAACGAUGUACAAAGUCACGACACCACGUGGUAAAUAAAAUAAACUAUUUAUUUUUUUAUGUCGGAUCAUUUACAUAUUAUAAGAUAUCUUGUUUCGUUGGUCAACAUCGGUUUUGGUCCAGGUAUUAGAAAACAUGAUUAGGUUAAUUUUAUAUUAUUAUUUUUGGUUUGAUUAUUUUAUUUGAAUAAACAAAUGUAUUUUAAAUAUCAAUUGAAUUUUCAUGAUUUUAUUUUUAUUUAUAAACCUUUGUCCAGUUUUUUUACGCCAUGAUUCAAAAAAUAAAUAAAUAACGUAAAUGUUAUUUAUUUCAUAUCUGCGGCAAACUUGUUAAUUUAUUACAAAAACAUUGUUUAAAGUUCCUUUAAACUUUCUUUCAAUUGAACUUAUGAUUUUAAUGAAAUGACAUAAUAUUUUAUUAUGCAAAUAUUUUUUAUCACAAUUAAUUAAUAUGGAUGACAAUAUUUUUAAAAGUUUAGAGCACCAAUAUUAUAAUAGUAUAAUAGAUAAUUUUUUUAAAUAAUUUAUGUAGUUCCCGAGAUGUCCUUUGUGUUGAUAUUUUAAUAUAUUCCUGAUGUUAUAUAAAUGUAAUAUAGAUUAGUAUUUAAUGAAAUGUUUUCGGCGUUCACGCUUUUAUGAAACCGAAAACGUGUUAUGUGUAAUGAUAGGUAUUAGUUAAUAAUCGUCAUAUUACUAAUGCGUUUAUAAACUGUAUGUAAUAUAGAUUUUAUUAAACAAUAGUCACGAAAUGAUUGGAAAUGUGAUAUAUCGAUUUACUAAAGUUUUGAUCAUGUGGAUUUAGGUCUUUAUUAGGUGUUGUACUUUGUAGUGUUUUACACAAUAUGGAGUAAAUCAGUUAGGUGUGCAUUUUACAGUUUUAUAUUCGUGUUCCUUAUCACAAGCGUGUUAUUAAUUAUUUGCAUACAUUUAAGUAUUUAUAUUAUGUUCUACUCACGAAUGAAUCACAAUCCGAACAACAGAUCCCUCUAUGAUACAUUUGUUUGUGUGCAUUUAGUUAAUGGUGACAGAAAAUAUUGAAACACACACACGCACGGUCAGACACACAAAUUGGUUUACUCGAUAUCGGUAUGGCAAUUUAUACUUAACGUAUAUAUAAUGUGUUAAGUAGAAACAUAACUUCGUAAUAAUCAGAUGUUUGCGCCAUAGGACCUUUUGUUGAAUGUGAUGUGAACGUAUUGUUAUAUAUAAUGUGAUGCUGACACUAACGCUUCAUGAAUUUUAUUUUGUAGAUAAAUUAAUGUUUCGAAAUGUUACGGCAGACAUCUUAGUAGUGUAACUUUUAUUUAAUGUGGAAAAUGGGAUGAAGAUUUUUAAUGUAUUUUAUAUGCCAUAGCCCUUAAAAAGGGUACUAACGUUUAAAUUGUAAUUAUCAUUAAUUGUUAUGUGCGGAGGCAAGCGUUUAUUGUUGAUAUUUGUAAUUAUUAUUAUGAUUCACUUACAGAUAUUGAAUAUUUUUAUUUUUUGUCUUUUUGUAAAAGACAAGUAAUUUAUGCGAUUUUAUGUAAUUUAUUUCACCCGCCACUCUAUAUAUUAUUAUUUUAUAGAGCGGACGAUAUGUAUUGUAAGGAUUGCAAAUAAUGUAAAACAGAGCAAAGUAAAAUAUCACCAAUUAACAUUGCCUUCGUGCCCAUAUAAUAUUUAUAGAAACGAAACUUAAACAUAAUGUUUCUGAUGGCCUAUAGAGAAACUUGGAAAAUAUUCCCGCGCAUAAUAUUGGCUAGAAGGUUUUGGGAACAUGUCAAUAAGUUUUAUUUCUAUUACCAUUCACUGUACAUGUAUAUAAUUAUAUGUAAUUAGAUACUGAUUUAAUUUAUUUAAAAAUUUGACAUUAUAUAUUUUCAAAUGUUGGUCAGUGUUUUAACGAUUAAUACUUGAAAUUAUAAAUUUAGCUUCAAAAUUACAGUUGAAAGGGUUAUGUUUCGUAUUAUUGUUGCUGUAUAACGAAGGUUUUAUUCAUGAAAUGUUGCGUAUUUUUGCUUUGUCGUUCUCGAGUGUUACAGUAAUAAAAUUAAUGAAUUUUGUCGUAGAUGUAUGUCCUUGAUGUAUCCCCUCGAGUGGGAUGUGUUAAACUCAUCUAACAUUUAUUAUUUAAAUAACUACAACGUUUUUAUUGUUGUGCAUACUCUUGUUAAGAUUAUGGAUCCCGCACCGAACUAUCUAAACAAUAACAAUCGCAAUACAAAAUAAUAUUAAGAAAAAGUAAAAUGUGAAAGUGGGGUCUAGCCUUCAUGAUCUUUAUAUUGUAUCCCUAUUUAAUGUAAGCGGUCAUUUUUGUUUAUUAAAGUUUUAUUUAUUUCGAGAGUAAGAGUUAAACAAAAUAAAUAUAUCAAUUAAU